UGCACUUGGCAAACAGCAGAGGAGAAAAAAAUGAGCGACCACCAGAGUGUGAAGGCUUCAUUUGCCAUAUUCACCCCUGAGGAGGGGUUUGAUAUGGACGAUGCAAUUGCCCAUGUCACCAAGGUAGCAGCUGAGAUUGAAGACACUAGGAACAUCAAUGUGGCCAUUCUCAAGGGCCUCCACCAUUCAUGGGUGGCAGUUUUUGGAGUACAGAGAGUGGUUGAAGCAACAAAUUUACCCGAGGCUGCUGCCUUUACGAAAGGAUUAAGAUGUCCAGUGAGAAAAGUUGAGUCGGGAUGGUUCAAACUAAAUUCCCAGCAAACAAGAAAAGAUCUUCCGUUUGCACAGAUCUCAGUGGGAGACAUAGUGAGUAUACGUUCAAUAAACAAGAAAACGUCUUCCGAUCACACCAGUUGGGAGGAAGAGGACUCACUCUCAUACUCGUGCAUCGCCAUUCUUAGGGCCUAUUUCCACCGCUUCAAAGGCUUAUAUUCUUGCUCAUUCUUCGACUCCCUCGAUAAGAAGCGGAUAAUCGGUAUAGCAGUGUGGGACACCAUUGAAUCUGCACGUUUUGUGGCAGAGCAUCCUGAGUCGAACCCUGCACUAGCAUAUUGGGAACAUGCAGAAGAACUCAAGUUCCAUAUAUAUCAGGCUGUGUAUGCUACCACCCGCAGAGAUUCUUCACUACCUGGCUUUCAGAUAUCAUUUGAAAGCCCAUAAAAACUUAAGAUAUAUUGCUACAUAAGAUCUGUGUAAGAAAACCAGUAUGGUUUAAGAGGGUGUAAUGUUGCUUCUGCAACAUUGUAUUUAUUUAGAUUGAGAAGAGGUCUGUUAUGAUUGUAUUUAGAUUUGCGAGUGAAUGCAAGAUGAAAGGCCAACAAUGGCGCCGGUUCGGUACGCAAUCUUUUCGGUCUGAGUUUGUUCUGAUUGGCGCGUUUACUAGUUGAUUGGAAAGUUCUAUAUUUGUAAUGAGAUUUUGGGAAAGAGAACA